GCUGAGCAGGCACAGACACUGGCAGCAAUCAAGAGUUCAAGACUCUUUGACAGCAGGAGCCUGGAAGAAAGGACAGAAGUGACUCUGGCUGUGAUGGGGCUGUUACUGGGCCGGCUGUUACUGGGCCUGCUGCUCCUGGACCACCUAAUUGUGAUCACCUAUGGCCAUCCAAUCCUUAAAGCGCCUGAGAGUGUGAUAGGGCCUUGGAAAGGGAAUGUGAAUAUUCCUUGCACCUAUGGUCCUCUGCAAGGCUACACCCAAGUCUUGGUAAAGUGGCUGGUACAACGUGACUCUCACCCAGUCACCAUCUUCUUACGUGACUUCUCUGGAGAUCAUAUUCAGCAAGCAAAGUACCAGAGCCGCCUAAAUGUCAACAGUGAGGUUCCAGGAGAUGUGUCCCUCCAACUGAAGACCCUGGAGAUGGAUGAUCGGAGCCAUUACACUUGUGAAGUCACUUGGCAGACCCCUGAUGGCAACCAAGUGGUGAGAGAUGAGAUCAUUGAGCUCCGUGUCCAAAAACACUCCUCAAAGUCACAAAAAAACAAGAGUGAGGCACCUACAACCAUGCAAUCCCCCUUGGAAAGAACAUCCACAGUGAACUCAUCCUGGGCCUGGACCACUGAAGUGCACAGCUACCUUGGGGAUACCAGUGCUGAACCAGGAAAGGGCCUGCCUAUCUUUGUCAUAAUACUUAUCAUCUCCCUGUGCUGUAUGGUGGGCUUCAGCAUGGCUUAUAUCAUGUUCUACAGGAAGAAGUCCCAACAGGAUCGUGUCUAUGAAGUCUUCAGGGUGAGUUCCAGAGAGGCCAGUGACUCUGGUGAAAGCAUGAGAGUGCCCAUCUUUGAAAGUGGCUGCUACAGUGAAGAUCCAGCUUCCUGGACUCUGGGAAAUGACUACUCUGAUGAACCCUACCUGGACCAGGAGUACCAGAUCAUUGCCCAGAUAAAUGGUGACUAUGCCUGCCUGCUGAACACAGUUUCCCCAGAUCAUGAGCUUCUGACCACUGAGGGCAAGAGUGUCUGCUAAAACUGCCCCACUAGGCCAGGGUUUGCUGACAUAAUUGCCUUUUAACCCCUGCUUUUUGUAUGGCCUCCCUUCUCUUCCUGGAUAGCCCAACAUGUCUUACCUGCCAACAUUGGGAUCCCUAAGAGUGACUGGCUUUGCCUAAGAAGUUGCCAUAGGCACACAAGCAAGCCUGCUUCUGGGUUAGGUACCAAGCAUUCUAGUAUCUCUGUGUGGGGCUUCUGCUGCUUCUCUCCAAGCACCAAAGGGAAAUCCUCAUAGCACUAAGACACCACUCACCUUUCUCAUCUUCUCACCAAAAUACUAGAGGAAGACUUAGCUCUGCCAGAUCAGGGGACCAGUUAUCCAGAAUCACUUCCUUCUUUACAAAGCUAGAUUGUUUACAUUGAAAUUGUCAUGUAAUAGGCCAGGGUUCUGUUCUGCUCUUCGCUGUGCAUCUACUGCUCUGAUAUUCUUCUGAUGCUCAAUAAAUAUCUAAUUAUAAUCACAA